GACGGGGUGCCACGUGUGCAACGAGAUCAAUCGAGCCAACCCAGAGUUGCAGAGCCAGGACGGGGGAGGAGAGAGAAAGAAAGAAAGAAUAGAAGCGUCCUCUCCUCGUGGUCGUGAGGGAGGAAGGAAGAGGAUUGAAGAAGGGCAUACCAUCGUCUUACUCUCUCUCUCUCUCUGCGUUCUCUUACCUUUUUCACUCUCUACUCUCCAUGUCCAUGUGAUUCAUUCAUUGCAAUUCUUCUUCUUCUUCGAUUCAUUUUUCCCUUCUUUCUUCCUUCUUCCCCUUCCACCACCCAUAUCCCUCUCCUCUCCCUUCAUCAACCAAACCAAACCCAACCCCAUCUUCGGACCCUACCACUCUCACACUUCUUUCCUUUUACUCACUAUUAUUGCUAUCCUCAUUUCUCAAUAACACCCCCCCCCGCCCGCCUUCGUUAUUACAGCCAUAUAAAGAGUUUUUGUCCCCUUUCUUCGAUUGGUUCCUCAAUUGGAUCACCUCUGUGCAAUUGGUUCUCCAGUUGGAUUGGGGGCGUAUUUCGAGAUUCGCCCUCUGUCCGAUCUUCCAAGCAACCUGCUUUCUCCUUCAAUUUAAUCGGAUUUAACGUUUUGGAUCCGAUCGGCGGAGCAACAGCGCCAUUAGAUGGCGCUGUUCAGAAGGUUCUUCUAUCGCAAGCCGCCCGAUCGCCUUCUCGAGAUCUCCGAGCGCGUCUACGUGUUUGAUUGUUGCUUCUCCACCGAUAUACUGGGAGAAGAUGAAUACAGGGUAUACAUGGGUGGCAUUGUGGCUCAGCUACAGGACCACUAUCCCGAUGCUUCUUUCAUGGUUUUUAACUUCAGAGAAGGGGAGAAGAGGAGCCAAAUUUCGGAUAUACUUACUCAGUAUGACAUGACGGUCAUGGAUUAUCCUCGGCAAUAUGAGGGGUGUCCUCUAUUACCCUUGGAGAUGAUUCACCACUUCCUUCGGUCCAGUGAAAGCUGGUUGUCAUUGGAGGGGCAACAAAAUGUCCUGCUGAUGCACUGUGAAAGGGGAGGAUGGCCUAUGCUUGCUUUCAUGCUAGCUGGUCUUCUGUUAUACCGAAAACAGUAUAGUGGUGAGCUGAAGACUCUUGAAAUGGUGUAUAAGCAAGCUCCAAGGGAGCUUCUUCAUCUUUUGUCUCCUUUAAAUCCACAACCUUCCCAGCUGAGAUAUCUUCAAUACAUUUCCAGAUGGAAUUUGGGUUCAGACUGGCCACCUUCAGAUACACCCUUAGUAUUGGACUGUGUUAUACUUAGAGUGCUUCCCUUUCUUGAUGGGGAGAAAGGUUGCCGACCAGUUGUUCGCAUUUAUGGUCAGGGCCCUUCUUCUACUGCAACCAAUAGAACUUCUAAACUUUUGUUUUCUACUUCAAAGGCAAAGAAACGUGCUCGUCUUUACCAACAGGAAGAGUGUGAACUGGUUAAAAUAGAUAUUCGUUGCCGCGUUCAAGGGGAUGUUGUUCUUGAGUGUGUCCACUUGGAUGAUGAUUUAGUAAGGGAGGAAAUGAUGUUUAGAGUUAUGUUCCACAGUGCAUUUAUUCGUUCAAAUGUUCUAAUAUUUACUCGUGAAGAAGUUGAUGUUUUGUGGGAUGCAAAGGAUCAGUUCCCCCGAGAGUUCAGAGCAGAGGUACUUUUUUUGGACGCUGAUGCAAUUCCAUCAAUCAUCACAUCAGAAGUGGAUAGUGAAGAUGGGAGUGAAACAGAAGGUGCUUCGCCUGAUGAAUUUUUUGAAGUCGAGGAGAUCUUCAGCAAUGUAGUAGACGGGCAUGAUGGAAAGGCAGACUUGGUUUCCCAUAUAGUUCAAGAAAGUGUGAGAGAUGAUGGAAACAAUAAAGUAGAUUGGAAGGAAGCUUUGGAACCUCAUGCAUUUCAAGACUGUGCAUCUGAUGAUGGAAACCACAAACAAGAUGGGAGGCUUGAUUCUAAUUUUAAUGCAGUUGAAUUAGAUGAUAGGGAUGAGUUAAGAUCUCCAGUAGCAGUUGCUGACAGUAAUUCAGAGACCAAGGUAGUAACUUUAGAUGUCAGUAGGGAGUUAGAAGAGACGGAUAUUAGAGAAGACAAGGAUGACUUUGCUAUGCAGAAGAACUUAGAAAUACAGGCGUUGCAGCAGAAGUUGAAUGCUCAUAUUAGUAGACAAGAAUUUAGUAAGUGCAUCCCACCUGUACCAAACAAACUGUCAUCUUCUAAUGCAAAACAGACUGCUACAAAGCAAAAGAUUAAACAAGAAAUACCACAGGGAACUCUCACAAAACAGGCCAAGCUAAAUAUGUUAUCUCGGUGGGUGCCUCCUAACAAAGACCUACAACAUAAUUCAAACCAUGUGUCAUAUCCACCAUCAAGGUAUAAUAGUGCUCCGCCUGUAUUGGCUUUCUUAAAUGAUUCUCAUGACGAUGGUGACCUUUCAAAAGCUUCCACGGCUACUACUGCCUUUGAAGCUGCAUUUCCAGCUGCUGAUACUCAUGAUUCUGGAACUGGUGAAGUGGAUUGUAUGGAAAGUGCAUCCUGCCCACCAUCUUUAGACCCACCACUUGAAGCAACCUUGACUCUCUCUUCGGCUUCACCACCAUUAGAUUCAAACGCACUUCCAGUUGUUCCUCCCACUGCCCCUCCCUCUCCCCUUCCAUCUAUCAAUGAGUCUGCAAAUUUCUUUUCGCAUUCUGAUGCUUCAAAGGUCUGGCAACAGGUUUCUCUACCUACUGUGCCAACCUCUCACCAGCCUCCCCCUCCGCCUCCGCCUCCACCUCCAUCUUUCAACAAGUCUUCAGUUAUCUUUGCCGAACCAGAUCCUGCAAUAAUUCUGCAAGUAACAAAGGCAGCACCUCCACCUUCUUCUGCAACUCCUCCCUCUAUCUCCAACUCUCUUACCUUUCCAUUUUAUACUUCAGCCAAGCCUUCUUCAAAUGCCUCCAGUUUGCAGGUACAAGCAAAAAGACUGUCCCCGUCCCCUCCACCUCCACCACCACCACCACCACCACCACCACCACCUCAACCAUCUACGCGAAAUGCAAUUUUUGUGAGCUCUUCACCAUUGCCUCCACCUCCACCUCCACCUCCACCCACAAACUUAAGGGCAGCUACCAUGGGAAUUCCUUCCUCACCUCUUCCACCUCCACCUUCAACUCUACCAAGCCUGCAGAAUGUCCAGAAAGUUUUGCCCCCUCCACCACCUCCACCACCUUGGAAGGUUGGGUCUCUUGCAACUUCUACUGCUACUAUGACGGAAUCAAGUCCUCCACCUCCUCCUCCACUGCCUUUUACCACUUUAAGUGGCACUCCAACCCCACGUCCUCCUUUGCUUCCCUCCUUUCGUGGAGCCCCAAAUUAUCCUCUUCCACCACCCAUACCUUCUAGUCAAGGAGCUCCUCCACCAGCUCCACCUCCACCUCCACCCCUGCCCCAUCCAUGUGGAGUUGCACCUCCUCCACCUCCACCCUGUCCAUGUGGUGCUCGUGCUCCCCCUCCCCCUCCUCCUCCUCCUCCUCCUCCUCCUCAAGGUGCUUCAUUGCCACCACCUCCACCUUCUUUCGAUGGGGCAUCACCUCCACCACCCCCUCCAAUGCAUGGAGCCCCUCCAACACAAACAACCCCACCUCCGCCCCUUCCUUUAUCAAUGCAUAGAGCCCCACCUCCGCCACCGCCACCUCCACCUCCAAAGCAUGGUGCACCACCUAUACCACCUCCCCCUCCACCUCGAAUGCAUGGUGCACCACCUAUACCACCUCCCCCUCCAAUGUAUGGAACCCCACCUCCACCUCCGCCUCCACCUCCGCCUCCAAUGCAUGGGACCUCACCUCCGCCACCUCCGCCACCUCCACCUCCGAUGUGCAGAGCCUCACCUCUGCCACCUCUUCCAAGUUGUGGAGCCCCGCCCCCUCCUCCUCCUCCUCCUCUUGUUUGUGGAAGCUCAACGCCUCCUCGUCCAAGUUGUGUAGCCCCGCCUCCUCCACCACCUCCAACAGCUAGAGGACCACCUCCACCUCCUCCCCCAUUGCAUGGAGCACCACCUCCGCCUCCUCCCCCAUUGCAUGGAGCACCACCUCCACCUCCUCCUAUUGGAGCUCGUGCACCAUGCCCUCCUCCUCCACCUGGGGCUCCACCAGGACCCCCGCCUCCACCUGGUGCACCUAGACCUCCAGGUAGUGGGCCUCCUCCCCCUCCACCAUUUGGUUCCAAAGGACCAGGAGUAGGGGGUGCUCCUCCUCCACCUCCCGGAAGAGGGCGUGGCCUUACACGUCCUGUAACACCUGCUUCAGCUCCUCGAAGGUCUACCAUGAAGCCAUUGCAUUGGAGCAAGGUAACUAGAGCAUUGCAAGGAAGCUUAUGGGAAGAAUUGCAAAGACAUGGAGAACCUCAAAUUGCGCCGGAAUUUGAUGUGUCAGAGCUGGAGACUCUUUUCUCUGCCAUAGUUCCGAAGUCAGAUUCAGGAAGUAAAUCUGGAGGGCGGCGGAAAUCUGUUGAAACUAAACCUGCCAAAGUCCAGCUGAUUGAUCAGAGGAGGGCGUAUAACACUGAAAUUAUGCUCACAAAAGUCAAGAUGCCACUUCCUGACAUGACGGCUGCAGCACUAGCAAUGGAUGAUUCCAUUUUAGAUGCUGAUCAAGUAGAAAAUCUCAUUAAAUUCUGUCCUACUAAAGAAGAAAUGGAGGUUCUUAAGAAUUACACUGGUGACAAGGAGAACCUGGGGAAAUGUGAACAGUUCUUUAUGGAGCUAAUGAAGGUGCCAAGGGUGGAGUCCAAACUACGGGUUUUUCUAUUCAAGAUUCAGUUUAAUUCUCAGAUUUCAGAUUUUAAGAAGAGUUUAAACACUGUAAAUGAUGCAUGCCAAGAGGUUCGAAAUUCCCUCAAAUUGAAGGAGAUUAUGAAGAAAAUCUUAUAUCUGGGGAAUACAUUGAAUCAAGGAACUGCAAGAGGUUCUGCAGUUGGAUUCAAGUUGGACAGUCUUUUAAAACUCACUGAUACUCGUGCUUCCAACAGCAAGAUGACACUGAUGCAUUAUCUUUGCAAGGUCCUGGCCUCCAAGUCACCAGCUCUUUUAGACUUCCAUGAGGAUUUCAUUAGCUUGGAAGCAGCAACAAAGAUACAAUUGAAGUUCUUAGCAGAAGAAAUGCAAGCUAUUAUCAAAGGAUUGGAAAAGGUAAAGCAGGAGUUGAGUGCAUCUGAAAAUGAUGGUCCUGUAUCUGAAGUCUUCCGAAAGACAUUGAAGGAAUUCAUUAGCAUUGCUGAGACAGAAGUGGCAUCUGUAACGAGUUUGUAUUCUGUAGUGGGUAGAAAUGCUGAUGCCCUAGCUCUGUAUUUUGGUGAGGACCCUGCACGUUGCCCAUUUGAGCAAGUCACUGCCACCCUCUUAAACUUUGUGAGGUUGUUUCGGAAAGCACAUGAAGAGAACUGUAAACAGGCUGAGUUGGAGAAGAAGAAAGCAGAGAAGGAGGUUGAAAUGGAGAAGGCAAAGGGGAUUAAUCUAACAAACAAGAGUGGGAAAUAGCUAAUAUUGUUUGCUUGACUCCCCCUGUUUGGGAGAUGUAGUUCUUCCAUCGAGGUCUGCCCAGUUGGUUUUGCUGAAUGUUGUCCAUGGACACUUGUUCAAAACCAGCAAAGAGCAUCCCCUGUACAGUAUUGUUGUAAUGGUGCACUUUGGAGGGGAUUCGUGAAAUGAAGGGAAGAGUCCCUCUUGCGCUCGCGGAGCUCUAUUUUUGCUGCUGAACAGGUCAGUUACUGAAAUGGAUGCGGUUCCAUCAGUCAGAUAUUUUCAGCUGACUGAUCCACCAUACAAGAUAUUACACUGAUACACCGGACUUUCACAAAUGAUCUGUGAUUAUUGUCAUUGUCCAUAUGAUUUAUCAGAGGAAUGGAUCUGCCCCUUCUUCAGUCAUAACUAGAAGAAGAUUUUGGUGAUACUGGGUCAGUCCAAUACACCAGGUGCAGUUUUGGCUUCACUCGUUUGGCAUUUCAGCACCAGAGCGACUGCCCUCGGGACUGUAAAAGCCCAACCCCAGAAUGUACCAUGAAAACAUGUACAGAUCUCUAACCUUGUAGUUGCAUUCAAAUUUAAUUCUUUCCUUGUAACAUAGUGCUAGGAUCCCUUUCUCUUGUUCUCUUAUGUUGAGAUUUUGACAGGAAUUUAUCAAGAAAUUGUUGUAUAGAAGGUUAGGAUAGGAAGAGAAAUUAGUAGGAGACAGGCUCUCUAAUUGUUCAACUGUAAUAUAACUGUAGUGUAGUCUUUUGGCCUAGAAGAGUUGCUUGUGUUUUUCUCAACAAAAUUCUUCUUUAGUCGAAUUAUUCACAUUUUGUUUGACCUCAGAAGUCAGAGAAGUUCUCUUCCUUGUUUGUUUA